AUGGCCGUGAUUAUUUGCCCAUUAUUGAGAGUUUUGCCAUCUACCGGUGACAAAAUAUUAUAUCACCACACGGUUCAAGCUGCAAUUACUGGACGAGCAAAAUCCACCUUAUCUCCGGCCGCCCCCAAGCUUAGACUUCGCAAGAGAAGAGCAAAAGGAAAGCAUAUUGAUAUAAAGUUCCCUAAAGAGUUUGCAAAAGUGUGUGGAGAACAUGCUAGUUUAUUUAAAAGUGAGAUAACAGUUCUUGUAAGAACUGUACCACUCCAAGUGAAGAAGUGGAGGGACAUGGAUAAGUUUUAUCCUGGUACUACUACAUCUAUUUGGAGAAAACUAAAGCAAAAGUUUCCUGAGCUUUCAGAAGAAGAUAAAGAUUGUGCCAUGAGACAAGUAGAGAGUCAAUAUAAUAAUCGGCGUUACCGUCUACUUCAAGCUUACCGAAACAACAAGCCAAGGCCACAACAUGUCUCACCAGAAGGUUGGCAAUGGUUGAUAAGGAAUUUGUGGACGGAUGAUGAUUUUCAGAAAAGGAGCAACCAAAACUCUAUCAACAGAGGAAAGCAAGAGAUGGGGUCCAAAGUAGGAACUAGAUCAAUUGCUCAAAUCGCUUACGAUCUGCGACACCCAGAAACUGGUGAAUGGCCUACUGCUAUGCAAGUUUGGAAGGCUACAUAUCAAAAGGCUGAUGGGACAUGGUCCAUUCCAACAGGUGAAGAAAUAAUGACCAAACUACAUGAAGCUGCUGGGAUACAUCAAGAAAAGAUUUCUUCUGCGCCCGUGCCAAUAGUGGAGCACUUCGCACUAGUUCUUGGUCGAAAGCCAAACCAUUCACGUGGUGUUGGCAUUCGUGCUGUAAACCGAGUGGCUGAGGAAAGAAUCAGAUUGCAGGUGCAAAUUGAGGCUUCAGAACAGCGUGAAGCUGCAGCUCGAGCAUGUGCAGAUGCUGCUGAGCAACGUGCUGAGGCUGCUGAGCAACGAGCACAAGCUUUGGAAGGCCAAGUUUCCACGGUGGUCGAAACAAAUGCACAACUGCAAGAAGAGCAACAAUCCCAACGUGAUGAGAUGAGUUCUUUGCGUUAA